GUUUGUUUGCAGCAAGCAUCAGUCGGGUGUUUGACUUUAGAGACAGUCGGAGCGGUCGUGAACAGGCGGCAGGAACCUUUGGACACAUUGGUUGGGACUGAGCAUCCAGGAAAGGAUGACGGAGACGCCGGAAAAACGCUACGAUCCCAAUGACAGCACCCUGAAGUUUGUACAGAGAAAGGACGAGAUCACAGGGGAUGAUGACCCAAAUGUUCUCAGAGUGGAGAUGUCCUGUGGACAUGCUGUGGACCCCACAUCUCUGACCGGGUGGUGCCGUAGCCUGAUAGAUUCUGGUCAUUCCACAUUCCACUGCCCUGCUGAAAAGGAUGGAACAGAAGAAAAGUGCAACAAGAAAUGGCCCUAUGUGGAGGUUCGCAGGCAUGCAUUGCUGACUGACAAUGAACAGAAGUAUUUUGAAGAGAAGGUUGCCUUACUCGCUGCAGCAAAGUACUGUGAAUUCAGCACGUGCCCUGGAUGCCAGAAUUAUGUCGAGCGAAAAGAUCUGACAAAUCUUUCAGUGAGAUGUUCCAUUUGUACAGCGCAAAAUGGAAGAUGCUAUGAAUUUUGCUGGCAAUGUUCGAAUCAAUGGAAGGGCCGAGCACCCCGUUCUGAUCGAUGUGACAAUGAAGGAUGCACAAACAUUCACCUGGACGCCAUUAAGAACUGUGACAUGAAAACUUUAUCCUUCAGUAACAUCCAAUGCCCUAAAUUCCGUGCUUGUCCAACAUGUGGGAUUAUUUUAGAGCAUAAAAAAAUGUGCAAGUAUAUCCUGUGCUCCAGGUGUCAUGUGGAGUUUUGCUUUGCUUGCCUUAAGACCGAAGCAGUUUGUGGAAAAUCAUCUAACUAUUCUGCUAAUUGUGCUAAUCCUGUGGCCCCGAGGCAAACAAGUAUUCCCACGUGGACUCGCACUCCAAAUGUUACUCCAAAUGUUACUCAUCAAUCAUCAAUACCAACCACCAAUAAUGAGAAUUCAUGGUGCACAAUUUCAUAAAGCAAGUAUCAGUUUGUGCAAAAACAGGAAAAGGUUUCAGGCACGGUAAAUGAAGCAUUGCCAUUAAGCAAAUUGAUAAUCAUUGUUGAACUUAUUAAGAUGCUACUUAUUGCUAAUAAUGCGAAUAAAUAGAUUUUGUAUGGUAAUGACACAAUAUGCCAUCCCGCAAUAAAAUAUGAUCACCUCAAUUAUAAUUUCAUUUUGUAUCCAUAAUAAUGUUAACUCUGAAUUAAUGUAGCAUUUAGUCUGAGUAUCUGUUUAAUUUCAAGGUAACAUCAAAACCUGACAUAUUUCAUUUUGUAUGUGGGUGAAACUUCAAACCUCUGUGUUGAUGGUUUGAACAACCAAGGGUGCUUUAUUUUGAAAUUUAUAUUUUAAAAUUUGCUUCUUAAAUAUGUGAAUGCAUUAUGCAAAAUUCAUUUAAUUGCAUUUUUUCCGUCAAUAUUAAAGAUUUAAUUUACAUUUUAUAUAUUCAAAGUAAUGGGCAGGAAAUCACUGUUUAAAUAUUGAUAAAUCAGCUGCCUGUGCACUGUUUUAACCUGUAGAAUGCAUACUGGUAUUGGUUUGUGUGGCUCGGACAGGGUUUUUCAUAUAGGUUUGUUAUUUUAUUCAUGUUAUACCAACUCUUUAAUGUUUGAUUUCUUCAAAUAAAAUGACUAGACGUUUGGCACAAGAA